AUGUCGACCGACAGCGAUGGAAGUCCCAGUGUUCAGUCCCAGGUGUCGCAAGAGCUCGAGAGAGAGGGGCACAGCCCAAGCAGAUUGGUUACUGCUCGGGCAGAUGAGCUUAGUCCGUCUCCAUCUCCCAGAUCCAAAGUGGAUUUGACUGAGGCUGAUGCAGACCUCGGUGCCAAGCAUCUUGCAUAUGACUGCUCCAAGAGUGUUGCACAAGCAGUGGGUCACCCGCUGAAGGGACCAGAACUGGUAUUGCGCAUUUGGGAAAGCACGGCGCUGUCGAUUUCCAAGGAGAUGGAAGGCGGUAAACGCAUAUUCUGUCCUGGCUUGGGCACCUUCGGCUUCUUGCGGGCUGAGCCAUCGCAGGUUGCCUUUGCACCUGUGGCCGAGUUCUUUUGUCGGCAUGGUCUGGACGUCUCUAGUUUGGCUGUUGAGAAGGAACUGUGCCCUCGAGUGAAGCAUUCAGUCUCAGCCGUUGCCAGAGUUUUAGAGAUUGGCAAGGACAUUGUGCAACAGGCUCUUGCCGCCAUGACAUUUCGCAUGGGGCAGGAAAUGUCGACAACAGGGAGCUUGGCAAUCAAUUUCGCACCUCUCGGAUGCUUCAUAUGCAACAACAGACAGCUCAAUUUUCGUCCGCAGUCCUCCGAGCACUACGUUGCGCAGUCUGCUUUCGAAGCCACCAUACCUUUGAGGAAGCAUCUGUCGGCCUUCGAGAGGAAAGUGAGGCUAGCCGGCCGUGGUGGCAGAACAAUGGUGCAGGCAAGAACCGAGAGCUCUUGGCUGUCCCAGCCUCUUGUUCCGCUGAGGCCGCCGAGUGCGCAGAAGCGACCGCAGACUGACACCAAGAUGUUCAAGUCUUUGCCAAGCCAGCCGGUGACUUUCCCCGACUUGCUGAACGACUUCAGCCGUACAAAGGAGAAUCAUAUCUUUGCGCUCUUCUCCACGGAGGUUCGCUCCGACGACCCAGAAGGGCACCAGAGCAAGACUCAGCUCCUCGGUGCGUGCGAUGCGAAAGGGGUCCAGCCUACCAUGGAG